AUGGUGUAUAGACUUGACCCGUCCGCUGCGAUUGGCACGGAUUUUGCCUUCACUGGUAGCCUGGUAACAUACACUCCCAGGUCUUUCUCUGCCUCUGUGGUGGAUAGUGGAGUGUUUCCCAUGUGGUAUUGGUGUGCUGGAUAUCCCUUCACUGGUAGCCUGGUAACAUACACUCCCAGGUCUUUCUCUGCCUCUGUGGUGGAUAGUGGAGUGUUUCCCAUGUGGUAUUGGUGUGCUGGAUAUCCCUUCACUGGUAGCCUGGUAACAUACACUCCCAGGUCUUUCUCUGCCUCUGUGGUGGAUAGUGGAGUGUUUCCCAUGUGGUAUUGGUGUGCUGGAUAUCCCUUCACUGGUAGCCUGGUAACAUACACUCCCAGGUCUUUCUCUGCCUCUGUGGUGGAUAGUGGAGUGUUUCCCAUGUGGUAUUGGUGUGCUGGAUAUCCCUUCACUGGUAGCCUGGUAACAUACACUCCCAGGUCUUUCUCUGCCUCUGUGGUGGAUAGUGGAGUGUUUCCCAUGUGGUAUUGGUGUGCUGGAUAUCCCUUCACUGGUAGCCUGGUAACAUACACUCCCAGGUCUUUCUCUGCCUCUGUGGUGGAUAGUGGAGUGUUUCCCAUGUGGUAUUGGUGUGCUGGAUAUCCCUUCACUGGUAGCCUGGUAACAUACACUCCCAGGUCUUUCUCUGCCUCUGUGGUGGAUAGUGGAGUGUUUCCCAUGUGGUAUUGGUGUGCUGGAUAUCCCUUCACUGGUAGCCUGGCAACAUACACUCCCAGGUCUUUCUCUGCCUCUGUGGUGGAUAGUGGAGUGUUUCCCAUGUGGUAUUGGUGUGCUGGAUAUCCCUUCACUGGUAGCCUGGUAACAUACACUCCCAGGUCUUUCUCUGCCUCUGUGGUGGAUAGUGGAGUGUUUCCCAUGUGGUAUUGGUGUGCUGGAUAUCCCUUCACUGGUAGCCUGGUAACAUACACUCCCAGGUCUUUCUCUGCCUCUGUGGUGGAUAGUGGAGUGUUUCCCAUGUGGUAUUGGUGUGCUGGAUAUCCCUUCACUGGUAGCCUGGUAACAUACACUCCCAGGUCUUUCUCUGCCUCUGUGGUGGAUAGUGGAGUGUUUCCCAUGUGGUAUUGGUGUGCUGGAUAUCCCCUCCCCCAUCGUCCCCACUUUUUGCUCCAGUCCUGUAGCCUGGUGAAGUCUUGUAGGAAAUCCACAGUUAAGGGGUUAAUGGAUAUGGUGUUAUUAAGGAGUAUAUAUGAUGUACAUGGUAUAUAUAUUACAUUAAGGUAUAGUAUACAGAACUGGAGGUCAGAGAGAGAGGGUUGAUUUAAGAGGAGGAUGACCCAGGGAGCGACAGUGCAGGAGAGGUCACGGGAGGUCAUCAGCAUACAACCUAUUAGCCUGACGUAAGGAGAGAGAGAGAGAGAGAGAGACACACACAGACACACACUCAUAGAUAACAAGGAAUAGAUCAAGAGAUAACACACACACACACACACACACACACACACAUGGCCCCAGUACCUCCACAGCCACACACACGCACACACGCACACA